AUGCGAACAUCAUGGUGUUCUGAUGAGGCGGGCGGUUCACGCACCACCCGCAUGUUUGCAGCGAUGACUGCCGCUACUGAGGCCAAGGUCCCCACCGCGAGCUGGAAACAGGGCCACUGUGAUCGGCAGCUUCACCCACGCACAGGUGUGCAGCCAACUGUCUUCGAAAUGGUCACAACCCUCACAAGUCCAACUACGGAGUCACUGAGUGGCCGAGAGACUACACUCGGCACUGAGAUGCAGGGUGGGAGUGACAUUUGGCAGUGUAAUCGUAUAGAUAUUGAGAGUACGCACAACUUGACUAAAGGAAAACUUCCUUAUGGUCACACGCUAGGGGUCGGAAGUGUUGAGCUACCUGCCACUAGAGGCAGGCUCAUCACCAGUGCGAGCCAUCUGGGCCUCUUUCGUCGAUGUGGCUACCCAGCUUACCAGCCGAAUGGAGAUGUUGAAUGGAUUCAGGGAUGUGGUUACUACCCGGCGUUGGAAAGCGUGCCACAUUGGGUCUGGCGCUUGGCUUUGGUGCUUCUCAUCAUAGCUAUCUGCCUUCUCGUUUGUCUGGCGUUCUUUGUGAUCUGCUCGGCAGCCUGCAUGUCUCUGCUGCAAAAGGACUUGAAAAUGUCGCGAGCCUGCUCCUACGUUCACCUUGUUGCAGGUGAGAUUGUGCUGUGUGCUAUCAGAAAGGGGGAUUGGUGA